CAUGUGGAUGGUCAUGCCUCCACAACCGUGUGGGAUCAGAAGAUCAUCAUCCAAAACUGUGUUGGCGACCUCCAAACACUUGAAAACUGUGAAAAAUCAAAACCCAACCUUCCUCUCUCUACAAUGAGAGAGAAGAAAAGGAACAAAUGUACAAAACCCACGUAAAAAACACCUCUCCUCCGCACUAUAACCACUAUCUCCAAACUCCUCCAUCUGAAAGCCAAACCUCCUCAAACCCAAAACUCCUCAAGCAACUCCACGGAAUCUCCCUAACAAGAGGAACUCAAAAUCUCUCCCUUUGGUCUCAGCUUGUUAAAGGCUACCUUUCUCAAGGCUCCCCAAAAGAAGCCCUUCUCAUAUACACCCAAACUCGAUGUAUAAGAAUACCCCAUGCAGUCCUCCCUUUAGCGCUCAAAGCUUGUGCUACCCUCUCUAGCCACCUGCAUGGGAGAUCUUUGCAUGCGGAAUCUAUCAAAGCUGGGGUAGUUUCCCAUGUCAUGGUUGGCACGUCAUUGGUCAGCAUGUACUCGAAAUGCGGCGACGUAACUGGCGCUCGCAGGAUGUUCGAUGAAAUGCCUGAUAGAAAUGUGAUUACGUGGAAUGCGAUGAUUGGCGGGUACUCGACGAAUGGCGACAUGGGCUCAGCGUCGUUUCUUUUCGAAAGGAUGUCAGAGCGGACCCCGGUAACAUGGGCCGAGGUGAUCGAUGGGUUUGCUAGGAGUGGAGACACUGCCGCUGCUAGGCAACUGUUUGACCGUGCACCGCUUGAGAUGAGGAAUGUGGUGACGUGGACCGUGAUGGUCAAUGGGUAUGCUAGUAAUGGGGAGAUGGAGGCAGCAAGGCAGGUGUUCGAAGAGAUGCCACAGCGGAAUUUCUUUGCCUGGUCGUCCAUGAUCGCUGGCUAUUGCAAGAAGGGCGAUGUUGAGGAGGCAAGGAAGGUUUUUGAUCGGAUCCCUAGUAGGAAUUUGGUGAAUUGGAAUGCAUUGAUUGCAGGAUAUUCUCAGAACGGGUUUUGUGAAGAAGCUCUGACGGCAUUUGAAAAAAUGCAGGCGGAGGGGUUCCAACCAGACGAAGUAACGGUAGCAAAUGCACUAUCAGCUUGCGCACAAUUGGGUUUGUUGGGUACCGGCAAACAAAUCCAUGAACUGAUAAAUCGUAACAGAAUUAAGCUUAAUCAAUUUGUUCUAAAUGGUUUAGUGGAUAUGUAUGCGAAAUGUGGGGAUGUAAGCAGAGCAAGACAAAUCUUUGAUGGGAUGAAGCAAAGGAACGAAGUCUGUUGGAAUGCAAUGAUUACAGGCCUUGCCAUCCAUGGCUGCAGCAAAGAGGCUCUUGAGCUUUUCGAUCGAAUGGAGUCAUCCGGGGAGAAACCAAAUGAAACUACAUUCCUUGCAGUUCUUUCAGCCUGCGCGCAUGGAGGAUUUGUGGAGGAAGGGCUAGAGUUUUUCACUGAGAUGAAGGGAAAAUAUGGCCUCGUUCCAGGAAUUAAGCAUUAUGGGUGUUUGGUCGACCUUCUUGGGAGGGCGGGAAGAUUAAACGAGGCUUAUGAUUUGAUUAAGACGAUGCCCAUGAAGCCUAAUGAUGCAGUAUGGGGAGCGCUGCUAGGAGCUUGUAGAAUACAUGCAGAUAUGGAGAUGGCGGAGUGGGUGUUGCAGGAGGUUGGUAUGCCACACUCCAACAAGGAGUCUGUGGACAAUGCACAUUAUGUGCUGCUGUCGAAUAUUUAUGCUGCUUCGGAUCAAUGGGAGCAAGCAGAAAAGAUUAGGACGAUGAUGGUGAAGAAUCGGGUGCAAAAGACACCCGGAUGCAGUUCAAUUAUGGUGGGAAGAGCUGAGCAUCAGUUUCAUGCAGGUGCACAGGCGGAUUCUCGGAUCUAUCAGCUAUAUGGUGGAGUUUAGUUGAAUUGUAGACUGGAAUCUGAUGACUAUACGUUGUUCUGGUAUUGUAUGCGUAGUGUACAUAGCAGAUUCUUGAUGAAAAAGGGGCAAUUUUUCAACCAUGGCAAAGUUGAAAUGUC